AUGUACAUCAAGCAAGUUAUUAUCCAAGGUUUUAAAUCCUAUCGUGAGCAAACGGUCGUUGAACCAUUCGAUCCUCGUCACAAUGUAGUUGUCGGCAGAAAUGGAUCAGGAAAAAGUAAUUUUUUCUACGCGAUCCAGUUCGUGCUCAGCGAUGAGUUUUCUCACUUACGUCCAGACCAACGUCAAGGUUUACUCCACGAAGGAACGGGUCCCAGAGUAAUCUCCGCUCACGUGGAGAUAAUCUUCGACAAUACAGACGGAAGAUUGCCAAUAGACAAAGAAGAAGUGUACCUUCGCCGCGUAAUUGGUGCUAAAAAGGACCAAUAUUUUUUAAACAAAAAAAAUGUUACCCGGAGCGACGUAAUGAACCUUCUAGAGUCUGCAGGAUUUUCUCGAUCAAACCCCUACUAUAUAGUAAAGCAGGGAAAGAUCAACCAGAUGGCCACAGCACCUGAUUCCCAGCGCUUGAAGCUUCUGAGAGAAGUCGCAGGUACUCGGGUGUACGACGACAGACGUGAGGAGUCCAAAGCAAUUUUGAAGGAGACCGAAGGCAAGCUGGAGAAGAUCGAAGACUUCUUAAGAACCAUCGAGGAGAGACUGCAGACGCUGAAGGAAGAAAAGGAGGAACUUAAGGAGUACCAGAGGUGGGACAAGCAGCGCAGGUGUCUCGAGUAUACAAUCCACGAGCGAGAGCUCAAAGAGAACAAGCGCAAGCUGGAAGACUUGGAAGCUUCCAGAGCUAACAGUGGCGCUGAGCAAGCUAGGCUUGUUUCUGAGCUGAAGAACUCUCAGGAAAAAGUCCGGACUUCUACCAAGCAGCUUAAGGAGGCCAAGAAGGAGCUCCAGUCUGCUAAAGAAGAAAGAGACACGCUCAGUGCUGAGCAGCAGCAGCUCCUCAAGGAAAAAACUAAGUUAACUUUGACGAUUAAUGAUCUUUUGGAGGAAGUUAAGGGGGAUAAUGACAGCAAAAAACGCGCUCAGCAGGAAUUAGAGAAGCUUAAGGCUACAAUUGCGUUAAGAGAGCAAGAUCUUGAGAAGAUUAAACCAGAGUAUGAAGAAAUGAAGAGGCGUGAGGAAGAGUAUACUAGGAUGCUGGCGUUGAAAGAGCAGAAGAGGAAAGAGCUGUAUGCUAAGCAAGGAAGAGGGAGUCAGUUUACCAGCAAGGAUGACAGAGACAAGUGGAUACAGAAUGAAUUAAAGCAGCUUACUAAGCAGAUUAAGGACAAAGAGGAGCAUCAGAGAAAAAUUAGUGACGAUUUGAAAAAAGACGCUGAGAAGCAGAAGGACUUGGAGAAGAAGAUUGAGGAGUAUACUAAAGAAAUGGAGAAGCAGAGGGUUUCUAUUGAUGAUCAUAACAAACAGUUCUAUGAAUUGACUAAAUUAAAGGAUCAGUGCCAGGCUAUGCGCAAGGAAAUGUAUCGCAAAGAGAGUGUUCUUCAGUUGAACUUAUCUGGGCUGAAGGAAGACUUGGCUAAGGCUGAUCAGAGCUUGAGGUCCAUGGCUGGGAAGCCGAUAUUGAACGGGAGAGACAGUGUUCGUAAAGUCUUGGAGACUUUCAGGGAAAGACCUGACAUGUCUGAUGAAGUUAGCAGCUAUUACGGUCCCGUUAUUGAGAACUUUGAUUGUGAUAAGGAAGUCUACAUGGCUGUAGAGGUGACUGCUGGUAAUCGGCUGUUUCAUCACAUUGUCAAGUCUGAUAAAUUCGGGACGAAGAUUCUCAAAGAAAUGAACAACCAGCGUCUGCCUGGGGAAGUUACAUUCAUGCCGUUGAACCGUUUGCAUGUCAGGACUCAGAAUUAUCCCCAGACUAGUGAUGCAAUUGCUAUGAUAUCUAAGUUGAGGUAUGAUCCUAAGUAUGACUUGGCGAUGAGGUAUAUUUUCGGGAAGACUUUAAUCUGCCGGAAUUUGGAAGUCGCUACCAAUUUAGCGAGAGAGUCGGGGCUGGAUUGUGUUACGUUGGAGGGAGAUCAGGUUUCUUCCAAGGGGUCGUUGACUGGAGGGUACUUUAAUACGCUGAGGUCUAGGUUGGAGAUCCAGAAGAAUAGGUCGGAGCUGAUGGCGCAGAUUAAUACUAUGGAGUCAGACUUGGCGACGUUGAGGGAAGAUAUUAGGAAAGCAGAUACUAAUAUCAGCACUUAUGUGACUGAAAUGCAGAGGACAGAGACGAAAAAUAGCAAAGCUAAGGAUAUUUAUGAUAAAAUGAAGGCAGAGAUUCGGCUGAUGAAGGAAGAGUUGAGUGCUAUUGAGAGGUACAGGACUCCUAAAGAGAGGAGCUUGAAUCAGUGUACUUCUAAUUUGGAAGCGAUGAGAGCUACUAAGGAGGGACUUGAAAGUGAGCUUCAUCAAGAUUUAAUGGCUCAAUUGUCCGUCGCGGAUCAGCAUCAGGUUGAUACUCUGAAUGAUGAAAUUAGAACGCUGACGAAGGAGAAUAAGGAGACUUUUGCUAAGAGGAUGAGGUUGGAAGCGGAGAAGAAUAAGUUGGAGAAUUUGCUGACGAAUAAUUUGCACAGGCGUAAGGAUGAAUUGGUUCAGGCGCUGCAGGAAAUUUCUGUUGAAGAUAGGCAGAGACAGCUGGAGUCUUCUAAGGCUCAGUUGGCUGAGAUUGAGAAACGUCUUGUUAAAGUUAACAGUGAUUUUAAGACCCAGAAUGACAAAGUGGGCGCUGCUUCGAAGAGACAGAAAGCGGAGGCGAGUAAAGUAGAGGAGUGGAAGGCAAAAGAGAAGGAGAUCCAGGAGAAAAUAGAGUCUGAUUCUAAAGACUUGGAGAAAUUGACGAUUAAGAAGAAUAUGUUUGAGCAGAAGAUUACUGACUGUACGCAAAAAAUUACUGAGUUAGGCGCGCUGCCUAGUCAUGAUGCUUAUGAAAAAUUGCAAAAUAUGUCUACAAAGCAGUUGUUUAAAGAGAUGGAGAAGGCUAAUAAUCAGCUGAAGAAGUACAGCCAUGUUAAUAAGAAGGCUUUGGAUCAAUUUAUGUCUUUUAGUGAUCAGAAAGAGAAACUGGUAAAGAGGAAAGAGGAAUUAGAUCGGGGAGAUGAGAAGAUCAAGGAGCUGAUGAAUGUCCUCGAGCAGCGCAAGUGUGAAGCUAUUCAGUUCACUUUCAAGCAAGUGAGCAAGUACUUCAGUGAAGUUUUCAAAAAAUUAGUGCCUUCUGGUCAUGCUCAGCUGGUCAUGAGGACUGCUGAUGGGGAGGAAGGAGGUGAAGAUGUUGCCUCGGCUGCUGCGGAUUCUGAUAGGUUUAUUGGAGUGGGGAUCAGGGUGUCUUUUACGGGGCUCAAGGCGGAGAUGAGGGAGAUGAAUCAGCUUUCUGGGGGGCAGAAGUCUCUGGUUGCCUUGGCGCUGAUUUUUGCCAUUCAGAAGUGCGAUCCGGCGCCGUUUUAUCUGUUUGAUGAAAUUGAUCAGGCUCUUGAUGCGCAGCAUAGAAAGGCUGUCGCUGAUAUGAUUCAUGAAUUGAGCUCUGAUGCACAGUUUAUUACUACUACUUUCAGACCUGAAUUACUUCAACAUGCUAAUAAAUUCUAUGGUGUUAAAUUCCGCAACAAAGUUUCGCAUGUUGAAUGUGUCACCCGCGAAGAAGCUGCUGACUUUGUGGAAGACGACACAACCCACGGAUAA